AGGCGGCGGCCGCGGGGAUCCCGCGAGCGGCCCCUGGACCUCUACCCUUCGUGCCGGGACCCGAGCGGUCCCCACUGGCCUCCGGGCUCGUCCUGAUCAGACUCGUGCCGACCUCCCCGUCCACGCGCACCCGGGAGAACCGCGCCACGAGACAGACCCCGGCCCGCCGGGACCCCUGGCGCCUGGCCCUGCGUCGAGAGUCUCACUACAGGCUUCAUCAUGGCGCCGUUCCUGCGCAUCUCCUUCAAUUCCUAUGAGCUGGGCUCCCUGCAGGCUGAGGACGAAGGAAGCCAGCCUUUCUGUGCUGUGAAGAUGAAGGAGGCACUCACCACAGAUCGAGGGAAGACACUGGUACAGAAGAAGCCCACCAUGUAUCCCGAUUGGAAGACAACAUUCGACGCCCACAUCUAUGAAGGCCGCGUCAUCCAGAUUGUGCUGAUGCGGGCAGCCGAAGACCCCAUGUCUGAGGUGACCGUGGGCGUGUCAGUACUGGCUGAGCGCUGCAAGAAGAACAACGGCAAGGCUGAGUUCUGGCUGGAUCUGCAGCCUCAGGCCAAGGUGCUGAUGUGUGUGCAGUAUUUCCUGGAGGAUGGGGAUUGCAAGCAGUCUAUGCGUAGUGAGGAGGAGGCCAAGUUUCCAACCAUGAACCGUCGUGGAGCCAUUAAACAGGCCAAGAUCCACUACAUCAAGAACCAUGAGUUCAUCGCCACCUUCUUUGGGCAGCCCACCUUCUGUUCUGUGUGCAAAGAGUUUGUCUGGGGCCUCAACAAGCAAGGCUACAAAUGCAGGCAAUGCAACGCCGCCAUCCACAAGAAAUGCAUCGACAAGAUUAUCGGCCGCUGCACUGGCACUGCUACCAAUAGCCGGGACACCAUCUUUCAGAAAGAACGCUUCAACAUUGACAUGCCUCACCGAUUCAAGGUUUAUAACUACAUGAGCCCCACCUUCUGUGACCACUGUGGCAGUUUGCUCUGGGGACUGGUGAAGCAGGGAUUAAAGUGUGAAGAUUGUGGCAUGAAUGUGCACCACAAAUGCCGGGAGAAGGUGGCCAACCUGUGUGGUAUCAACCAAAAGCUCUUGGCUGAGGCCUUGAACCAAGUGACCCAGAGAUCUUCCCGGAAGCUGGACACCACAGAGACUGUCGGAAUAUACCAGGGAUUUGGGAAGAAGACAGACAUCUCUGAGAAUGACUUCCCAGACAAGAACGGGACCUAUGGCAAGAUCUGGGAGGGGAGCACCCAGUGCAGACUUGAGAACUUCACCUUCCAGAAGGUCCUCGGCAAAGGCAGCUUUGGCAAGGUACUGCUUGCAGAGCUGAAAGGCAAAGACAGGUACUUUGCAAUCAAGUGCCUGAAGAAGGACGUGGUGUUGAUCGACGAUGACGUGGAGUGCACCAUGGUGGAGAAGCGGGUGCUGGCACUCGCCUGGGAGAACCCCUUUCUCACCCACCUCAUCUGUACCUUCCAGACCAAGGACCACCUGUUCUUCGUGAUGGAGUUCCUCAAUGGGGGUGAUCUGAUGUACCACAUUCAGGACAAAGGCCGCUUUGAACUCUACCGGGCUACGUUCUAUGCAGCUGAGAUCAUCUGUGGACUGCAGUUUCUACACAGCAAAGGCAUCAUUUACAGGGACCUUAAGCUGGACAAUGUGAUGCUAGACAAGGAUGGCCACAUCAAGAUUGCUGAUUUUGGGAUGUGCAAAGAGAAUAUAUUUGGCGAGGGCCGGGCCAGCACAUUCUGCGGCACUCCUGACUACAUCGCCCCUGAGAUCCUACAAGGCCUGAAGUACUCCUUCUCCGUGGACUGGUGGUCUUUCGGGGUCCUCCUCUAUGAGAUGCUCAUCGGCCAGUCCCCCUUCCAUGGUGAUGACGAGGACGAGCUCUUCGAGUCCAUCCGAACAGACACACCACACUAUCCUCGUUGGAUCACCAAGGAAUCCAAGGACAUCAUGGAGAAGCUAUUUGAGAGAGACCCCGUCAAGAGGCUUGGAGUGACAGGGAACAUCAGGCUUCACCCCUUUUUCAAGACUAUCAACUGGUCCCUGCUGGAGAAGCGGAAGGUGGAGCCGCCCUUUAAGCCCAAAGUGAAAUCUGCUUCAGACUACAGCAACUUUGACCCAGAGUUCCUGAAUGAGAAACCCCAACUUUCCUUCAGUGACAAGAACCUCAUCGACUCUAUGGACCAGACAGCCUUCCAUGGCUUCUCCUUUGUGAAUCCCAAAUUUGAGCAGGACCUUCUUUGAACACCCCAGCAGAGUAGGCCCGCUGCCCUGGUUUGCAUCCACACUGCCCAUGGAGAAUAGUGGGUGACUGGUUGAUUUCUGCUGCUGCCCCCUCUUCCUCAGAGAGUCUGGCUCCUGUUGGCUGGACUCACAGUACUUCCUCUGUGAACUGUUUGUGAAUUUGCCUUCCCUUUGCCAUCAGAGGGAAACUGUAAAUCCUGUGUUUCAUUACUUGAAUGUAGUUAUUGAAAUAUAUAUUAUAUAUAUACACAUAUAUAUAAUAGGCUGUAUAUAUUGCUCAGUAUAGAAAGCAUAUAGGAGACUGGUGAUGUGUUGACCUUUUUUAAAAAAAAAUGUAUAUGUGUGUAUAUGUAUACACACAUAUACAUAUAUAUGUAUGUAUGUAUGUAUGUAUGUAUAUAUAUGACCAAAAGAAACGAAGAGCACAAGCUGUCUGAACUAUGGGUUCUUUUAUGUGUGUCUAAAUAAACAUUGAAUGGUACCAGCA